AUGUCGUUCCUCAAAUCAAACCAACCUCUCCAAACAACCGGCAGCAACCUUGUCGGUCUAUGGCGUCCCUCUUUUGUCAAAGUAGAUCAGCGACUGUUCGUCUUUGGAGGAGGAGGAAACGUAACAAACGAUCUACACGUCUUGCACCUAACUGACAUGCGAUGGGAGACUAUCCAGAAUAUCAAAGGUACCUCUCCUUGUAAACGCUAUGGCCACACCGCCACACUUUGGAAUAAUUGCAUCCUUGUCUUUGGUGGUUGUAAUGAGUUCCAAGAAUACUGUAACGACCUUCACAUCUUUGAUCUCGAAAAACUCACCUGGUUCCAACCAAAAACAACCGGCGUAAUACCAGCACGUUAUUUACACAGUGCAGUUGCCUACGACGACAAACUAUUUAUUUAUGGAGGAUUUGCAAAAAAUGCAGACUGCACAUUUGUAUUAGAUGAACUCAACGUAAUCGAUUUAAAGUCCAUGAAUUGGUCAAAGCAUGGAACAGUCCCUCCGCGAUACAACCAUUCUGCAACCAUCAUAGGCAACAAAAUGUACAUCUACGCCGGAAAGGACGAACAAGGGUGUACGGUAUCCGAUCUGUUCUCUAUCCACCUCGAAUGUCCUCCUUAUGUACCCCACUUAGUCCUCAAUGGAUCACACUCAAAUUCAACCAACCAGAUGGUCUUACUAAAGAGCCAGCACUUUUGUGAGGCUGUAUGUGGCAAACUGUUGGUAUUCGGUCGAUACCUUGCAGGUGGUCAACCAGACACACCUUCUGAUGCCACAUAUGGUCUGUGGAUGCUCAAUCUCGAUCGGCUCGAAUGGGAGCGACAGGAAUGCAAUGCAAAUUUCCAAGUAGGCGGUUGGAAUUACUUUACCGUCUUGUCUGAGAACAUGCAGUCUUCUGAGACGGGCGAGACUGAUGUAAAGAUCAACAAUCUCUUCUUUCUCGGAAACACAGAUCCUUUUAGACCCCAAGGCUAUGAUCAUUUUCGUGAUGCACUCAUAAUCAACGGAGAGUCUCUCGGAUUGUACGACAUCCCGGCUCUGGCAUGCAUGAAUGAAUUUGGACACCUCCUGAAUUGCCCCGAGCUGUCUGACUUUGUGAUCGUACCUGCAGGCGGCCAGGCUCUUCACGUACACCAGGUGAUUCUUAUGACGCGCUGGCCGCAUUUCAGAAAUAUAUACAAGUCCGGGAUGGUAGAAGUCCAACAGGGCAAGAUGGAGAUGCCCGAGCCACCUGAGGUCGUAUUAGCCUUUCUUACCUAUCUCUACAGUGACAACCUUGAUCCAGACACAUCCUGCCAAAUUGUUUGCGAAGUACUGAUACUUGCCAAUAUGUACCUUUUGCAUCGACUAAAGAAAAUAUGCUGCGAACGACUGUAUCGACAACACCUGACAGUAGAGCACUGUGGACUAAUCUUUGAAAAGGCUAUCUUAUCUGAAGAACACGGACUACGACUGCUCGUACUAGACUUUAUAUUCAGAAACUAUGGGGCAGUAUUGAAGAGUAAUGUAUUGCUCGAAAUGCCAUUAAUGAUACGCCAGGAAUUCCUUCAGGCUGUACCCGACGAGGCAGUAUUAGAAGUCACUCGUUCGCGCUUCUUCUCACACGCAAGUCCUUCCAAAACAGCCUUGACUUCUGUGGCAGCUGCAAUGACCAGCCACACUGGAAAUAUAUCAAUCACACCUCUAAGCCAUCCUUAUCCAAUUAACUACAGCUUCGGGUCAAACACCUUCAGUGGGACUAAUAAUUCUCCAUCUGCGAACGUAGCCCGAAUGCGACACAAUAGGACCAAUGUGGUUUCGACCAGUAUCCUUUCCUCUAAUACUACCCCAACAAGUGGUAUGAGUGUAGGCGUAUAG